AUGAACACAAACGCAAAGUAUUCCGCAUUGCCGGACAUCGACACGGCCCAAGAUGUCUACGAGACUGAAGACUCCUUGCCAACUGUGAACGCAAUAGACCAUGGCAGCGACGACGAAGCUCUCCCUACACGAUCUACCUUCAAAACCGCUCGUGUAAAUGACUCUAGCGCGUCCAAAGAGGAACUUGACUCGUCAAAUCUCAUUCAACAUGAUGAAGCAAGCAAGCGAUUCAAAAAGGCGGAGAAACGGAGAGAACGCGCAAAUUAUGUAUACCCACCCUCACCAACGUCGCCCGACGAGCCUUCACCUUCGCGGCCUGUGCCUUUGUCUCAACGAUUACGCGCAUUGCAAGCCGAAAUCCUGUCGCUGGAAAAGGAAUUAGCGGAGCCCGCCAAUCCACUUCUUUUCAAAGAACGAGAUGACGACGUUGUCAAUCCUGGCGAGCUAAUUCGAGGCUUAGUCGAUGUUCGGGGCAGGCUUGACAAAAUUCGGAAGGGGAAAGAAGGCCGAGGGCGACUGGUUGGUGUUAUUUUAGGUCAGGAUAUCGAAAAGGAAGUGGAACGACUGGAUGGUGCAGUGCCAUCUACAGAUAACGAAAAACCCGCUGUUCGAACAAUUGUCGAAAUGGACCGUCGAGUCGGAGAGCUGGAGAAAUUAGUUGGCUCGUCAACCGCCACCAUUGAUGAGUCUUCGCCACUACCACCCCCUUUGCUACCUCUCAUUACAAGGCUAAACGGUCAACUCACAUUGUUAACCCAGCCUCGACAUAUAGACUCUGUCUCCCGCCGACUGAAGCUAUUGCUUUCUGAUCUCGAUCGAGCUUCUGCAUCCCAACAUUCCCAUCGCCGACAUCCUUCACAAUCCAACAACAGCGCGCCGUCCCAGAUCCAGGAGCAAAUAUUACCAUUAUUGUCCCGAUUGAAUCCCUCUCUGCCCCAUAUCCCGCAUAUUCUAGCUCGAUUACGGACGUUGUCUGCUUUACACACCUCUGCGAGUGAGUUUGAAAAUACGCUCCAAGCUUUGGAGGAAGAUCACCGCAAAAUGCGAGAGGCGCUUAGUGAGUUGGAAGGAGCAGUGGGUACGAUUGAGAAAAGUAUGGAGGCUAAUCGAGAGGUAGUAAAGGAUGACAUAAUGUCACGUGUCAAAAUGCCGCUUGACGAACAGCACCUUGAACAACUCGAUCAAAUACAAGCGCGUUUACAAGCUCUCAGAAAUGCACCAGCUACCGUUCUCAAGACCUCGCUAGCCUUUUCCACCUCUUCCACCCGCCAGGAGUUUCUCAAGCUCAAAGAACUGACAGAGCUCGUCUCUUCUGAUACAGUUCAAGAGUUGCUCGCGACCGUAGCCAAAAGUGAGCGGGAAGAUAGCUCUGAUCUCAGCCAUGACCCAAGACGAAGCAUUCAGAAACGAAGGCGCCCCCCUUCUGUUGUCGGUUCACCACAACCUUACGUUGGAGUCGUUGACAAGCAAAUUCGUCCUCCGUUUCCCCCGGAAAGCAAUGGCCUUAGACCCUUACGGGAGGAUGAGCUCGCAGAAUAUAUACGGGAAUAUAACCGCACGCACUCACGGAAGCUGCAUAUAUGGACAAGAACAAAAGGUCUACCUUUCGUUAACUUUGCCCUCGAGAAACGAGUUGAUAAUGGCACAGAUGCUCCUCGACCGAACAAUCUGGCUAUUAUACGCUUCACCAUCAGUGACGUUCUCGUUUGCUACAUAACCACGAGCUUCGACUCCAGCGAUCCUGUCCUUGUGGCUGAAUCGAUAACAGUAUUCGGUCCGAGAGAAAAGAAAUCGCCAUAUUCUCACAGUGAUUUCCUUGUUUAUCAGAGCCUGUCCCAGCACUUUGCAAGCCUACUCCAAGCCCAUCCGUUUACCUCGUUUCAGAACAUUGUCGCUUUACUGGAGGCAUACGACGGCCUUUUCCUCACGCCAUGUGGGAAGUGUGGACGGGUUUUGUCGGUCGAAGGUCAUGAGCCCCCGGUGAUACGCGAAGAAGGCGCUCCCAUAACCGUCCGAAUUCACUUUGUUGCCGACAACGAUGACCCAAUCCAUGUUCGCCUCGUCCUCGCCAAUAAGGCAGUCAACACCGCCGUUCGUGAGCUAGAAGGCUUCGAUUAUGGUCGCUGGCAACUCGAUGCGGCUGCUCCCCCCAUUACCCAGCUUUCCAUCGAAGGAAGCAAGGCCCCCAUUACCGUCCAAGCCCUGAAUGCCCAAGACGACAUUCUCGACUCAGUCUUCGUUGGCGAUUUCGUAUAUUGGGACGUGAAGCCUCAAAUCCAGCAACUCGGUCGCCCUCGCGCUGCCACACACAAUCCUACUGCCAGUCCACACUAUUCCCUCCCAUCCCCAUCACUUUCCGACCGUUUCCCUCGCUCCAAAGUACGCUCUCGCCGAAGCUACGUGCCUAAGUCCGCCCAGGAUUUGUCUCUUGUCCGCACUGGUCAUUAUCCCACUAGCGUUGACUCGGAUGACAAUCUUUUUGCCCAUGCGCCCCUUCUCGAAAUCGUCACGCCAUUGGACUCGCUCUGUAGUGGCUGGAAGCAAUCAGAGGUGGCUGCUGGUCGUCGUCUCGUGCGGUUCCAGAAAUCGCAACUUGGGCGUCGAGUCAUUCUUUCCGGCGAGGCGAUUCGUCAGGAGGAUUACCGUGACACCGACACCGUCAUUUCGUGCAUUUUUCGUGAGGAGGUUGGGGCGUGCUAUGUCACUUCGGUCGACAUCAUAUACCUACUCGAACGUCUCACCAACGACCAGUUCCCCGUUGAAGAGAAGAAUCGAAUCAGACGCAACCUUGAAGGCCUCAGACCGACCACUGUCUCUAAGCAUAAGCGUGGUUCAGAGGCGUUCUUCCAGCGGAUAAUGGAUUUUCCAGACCCCAAACCACGCAAUAUCGAAAAGGAUCUCAAGGUUUUCGAAUGGUGUCUCCUCGGUCAAGCAUUGGAAAAAAUCAUGUCAAAAUAUUCUAUCUACACCUCGUCUCCGACCGACUCGACAAGUUCAUUACCAGCCGAGUCUGGCCCAAGUUUCUCCCAGGACAGUCCAUUGACAAUCGAUCCCACACUGGAUGACAAAACCCCGCUUCGUGGACUGCUCUUGCACUUCGAUGGCGACCAAUAUUCGUAUCCAGUAAAGCAAGAGAGCGACUCCAGCUCGGGCAGCAACUUUUCCGACACUUUCCCUACUUUGCACGACCGCGACACCAGUUUCGACGUUCCCGAGUUUGACGAAGCACAGCAAUACGAGCCCUACUUGGGCGAAGAUGAGAUGCACAUGAUGUUCUAG